AUGAGAGAUCACAUCGGAUGGAUACGCACCAAGCAUCACCCUGAAUUGAUCAUCCCGCAAAUGACAGCCUCCGGGCUCCCCGGAGCAAAAAGCCAUGUCCCACCGCAGCUAACUCUGCUUCAGAGACUGCGCCUGUUCACCAGAUCUCUCCUCACCCUUCCCCGACUCCUCUUCUGCAUCGCCCGGGAUCUCCUGCUCCAACGGGACCCCGCGCCCUUCCGCAUAAUCUGCAUGAGAAACACCGCCCGAUUAUCCACAAGUCUCUCCUUGGACCAGGCCCGCGCACGCCUGCGCCCAACAGGAUGCACCAUCCUCAAUCUCUGCAAAGCCAACGAUCUCCAGCACGAGGCCGUGGAAAUCGACGCAGGCGCUGACUACCCCCCCGCAGCCCUGCACUUUAUCGACUGCGCCCCUUCCACGCCGGGCAACGUGCUGCUCUAUCUCCACGGCGGCGGGUACAUCUACCCCCUGAACGCGGGGCAUUUCAAGUUCGCGCGCCUCGCGGCGCAGCGCGCAGCGGCGAAAUGCAUGCUGCUGGAGUAUACGCUCGCGCCGGCGCUCGCGUACCCGGGCCAGCUGGCGCAGGCCGCUGCUGCGCUGCGGUACCUGCUGGAGCGCCAUGAUGCGGCGCAGAUCACGCUCGCGGGCGACUCGGCGGGCGGGAAUCUGGUGCUGGCGGUCUUGGCGCAUAUGCGUCGGCCGCAUCCGCUUGUGCGGCCUGUUUUUGAGGAGGAGGAGGAGCGGCGGCGGCUUCGCGCUGCUCUUUGUAUCAGCCCGCGCUGUGCGAAUGAGUGUUCCGCUGCGAGCUACGGCUACAAUGCCGCGAAGGAUAUUGUCAGCGCGGCGUCGAUGGUGGUGUUUAAUUCGAAUUGGAGGCCUGUCAAGGAGGAGGUCUGGGCGACUCCGCUGGCCGGGGGGAAGGAGUUUUGGCAGGAUGUGUAUGCGAAGAAGAUUCUGGUCCUCGCGGGGACGGAUGAGGUGUAUGUGGACGACAUUCAGCAGUUUGCUGGUUUGCUGGGUUCUUCGAGCCAGGUGGACUCGAAGCUUGUGAUGUGUACCGGGGAGAUUCAUACACAGGCGAUCCUCGACAUCGCAGCGAAUGACUGGGACGGGACUAUGCUCAGGGUUGCUUUGAAUUGGCUCCAGAAUCUGGGGGAGACUCCAUGA